AUGCCUGCAAACAUUGUGCCGGGCCUCGUGCCCUACUUUGGCUUCAUGCUGAAGGACGUGGGGGCUCGACUUGCGAUCAUGGCGCAUUAUCUGCAGACAAACCGCCACAUGUACCCUGUCACACGUCAUCAGAACGUCCGCGCCUACCGUGGGAUGCUUCCGUGGACGCAGGACUCUGCCUUCAUCGCGCCGAGCGCAUUUGUUAGUGGGAACGUCGUACUUGGCCAUGGCACUUGCAUUUUCUACCAUUCCGUUAUUCGCAACUACCAUUUGCGGGAGGAAACCGUGCUGGGUGAUCACACCGUCGUAAUGGAUCGUGCCUCCUUCUUAGGUCAAGUACGCGUUGGAAACGGCGUCUACGUUGGCGUUGGCAGCACACUUGACUGCUGCACCGUUGGAGACGGAGUGUACCUUGGACCGGGUGUGUCGGUUGCGCUGGGUGCGGUUGUUGAAAACGGCGCCAUCGUCGCGGCGGGCUCGCACGUGCCGAAGGACACACGCAUCCAUGCCUGGGAGUUGUGGGCGGGGAACCCGGCCCAGAAGAUAGCGGAGGUGACCCAAGAACAGGCGGACGAGGUGGCACACAUUGUGCAAGAACAAAUUGGAGUGGCCAAGGCGCACGCUCAGGCGAUACACGAUCACUUGCACCACACAGAGGAGCUUGAUGUGGAGUGGCUGCGUGUGGCCAUCGCAGAAAUGGAGAAGCAGCAGCAGCAGGUAACACUCAAGGUGCCGGUUGACAUUCCGUUGGAGGCAAAGCGUUUUCUUGAACCUCGUGUACACAUGCGUCGUCCAGAGAUGCACAUGCGCAUGUCGUACCCUGUAAAUCGUGUCGCACCAUGGAUGCCAAAGGUGGCGGACCAGACGGCCAAUGCGUAA